UUUUUUCUCCUUUCUCUUUCUCUCCUCUCUCUCUUUCCUCUCCUCAACUUAUACGUAUCUCUCUGCUCGUUUCCCAAUUGUAUUCUGUUUGACCAUCAAUCAAACUCAUACAUCCUUAUUUGACCAAUCCCAUCCCCAUUGCCCCUCCAACGUUUCACUUCCCCUUACCUCUCGCAACCCUAUUACCUUACCCGAUCCAUUGUCAGGGAGGUCUCUUCUAUUUUUGUUCGCUUGAUCUGUUUUUGUAUAUUAUUCCGUCGAUCCACUCGAUAUCCCUGUUCAUCAUAUUGUCUAGUUGCGUUGCGUUGCCUUUGUUGAUAUUCAAAGGCCGAAGCUGCCUGAGUUGAUUUUUUUUCUUCUCUGAUAUUGAUUCCAACUCCCUCUUGCGCUUUGGUCUGCUCUUUGAUACCUAACGACUGUUACGACCUUGACGAUCAUAACAAUGGUUGAACCCAUUGCUGAGACUGUUACCAUCUCUAUCCGUCGUCCGACUGAUACCCCUACCAUCUUCGUUGCCGGUACCUUCUCGGAUCCUCAAUGGAAACCCGUCGAGUUGAACGUUAAAACGAUAGAGGUGGAAUCGGAACUCGAUCCGGGCCUCUACUCGACCGAGUAUCUUUUCUUCCAAGAUUUCAAGUUGACUCCGGGUCAAUAUCAGUACAGAUUCCGUGAAGGCGCCACGGGCUCAUGGUUCCACGAUGAGUCCGUAAAGAACGCUCCCGGAACCGAGGGGCUUGUCAAUAAUUAUCUUAUCGUCAAGCCUGCUGCGGAGCACGAGACUCCCGUCCAAAAUGGCGACAGUCAUAAGGCGGAGGAGACUACGAAGGCAUCCGAGACGGACGCUACAACAAAGGCUGAGCCGGUAACAAAUGGCGUUCACAAGCAGAAUGGUGUCAACGGAGUUGCAAAACGUGAUGACCCUGUCGCUGAUGAGUCUCUUGCGGAGGAUCAGAAGACGGAACAAACCCCUGAGGAAUCUGUGCAGACUAACGCAAAGGUAGAGCCGAAAGAGAACAUUUCUAAUGGCACUAAGGAGCCGGAAGUCAAUGGAACCAGUCCCGCUACGCAGACCUCCGAGAGCAAGGAUGAACCUGUGGCUGAGGAAAAGUCGGAGCCGGUGGUCGAGAAACCCGAAGAGAAAGCGGUUGAAUCUCAGCCUGUAGUCGAGAAGGAAGACAUUGAGAAGAAAGCCGAAGAGGUUCCAUCUACGUCUACCGACGAGGAUAAGGCUCCGGUUGUGAAUGGUGAUGCCAAGGUCGAGGUCGAGAAGCAACCAGAGGGAUCCCAGCCGCCAGCGGCCGCCGAAGAAGUAACAGCGAAAAUUGAAGAGCCUGUUGCCGAGAAAUCUACUCCUGGAGUCGUCACUGAGGAAGCCUCCGCCCAAGAAUCGAGCCCCGAGAAGCCUGCCGUCACCGAGUCAGCUCCAGCUGAAACCACUACAGAGAAGCCGGCGACCGAAGACCCCGUGAAGGAGUCAGCGGAGACAAAACAGGCGGAUGUUGUUUCUGAGGUACCCUCUGAGAAAAAGUCAACCCCUGAAGUGCUGAAGGAAGCUCCUGCCACUGAAGAGCCGGUCUUAGAGUCGGCCGUUGCUGAAGAACUAGUUGAGGGGUCUGUUAAGGAGGAAACGGCACCGGAUGAGCCUAAAAAGACGGCUACCACCGAACAGCCGGCUACUGAGUCAACGGUUGCUGAAGAGCCUGUUAAGGAACAGGCAACUGCCGAAGACCUGAAGGAUGAACCCGCUACCGAGAAAGUUGACGAAUCGGUUAAGGCUCCGGUCCAAGAGGAGACAGCACCGGGAGUACCCAAGGAGACGUCUAGUACUGAAGGGCCGGCCAAGGAAGAGCCAACUCCCAAAAAGUCGGAAGAACAGCCUGUCACUGAAACACCAGUAGCUGAGGCGGCCGUUGCUGAAGAACCAGCCAAGAAGUCUGCUAAGGAAGCAGAGUCUAAGGAGACAUCCACUGAAGAGUUGACUCCCUCAAAGGCAGAGGAGCUAGUAGUCACCGAGCCCGCUGUAUCUGAGGAACCCCCGGUAGAGCCCAAGGAGACAUCGACUGCCGAACCCCCUGCUGCUGAGGAACCUGCCGUUACUGAAGAACCCAUGAAGGAGCCUGUAAAGGAUGAAACAGAGUCUAAGGAGACAUCUACUGAAGUCCCCGUUGUUGAGGAACCAGUUAAGGAAGGGCCGACACCUGAAAAGGCUGAGGAAUCAGUAGUCACCGAGCCAGCUGUAACUGAACCAGCCGAGGAGGAGACAUCUGCUGAGAAGCCUGUUACCGCCGACACUACCGCCCGGGAUAAGCCGUCUGCCGAGGAAACUGUUACUGAAGCCGUCAAGGAGGUGCCAGCUGAGGAGUCUAAAGAGGCCCCAUCCGCUGAUGCUCCUGCUGACCCUAGUGAACCCACAAAAGAGUCUGGCGCAGAAACAGCUGUCCAGGAGUCAACCGCCGAGAAGCCCACAACUGUCGACGUGGUAGCAGAGGAACCAGUGAAGGAGACAGUGGCGGAGGAGACGCAAGUGGAGAAGUCUGUCGUUACGGCUGAAGCAGAACAGCCCACUGAGGAAAUUUCUAAGCCGGCUGCUGAGGAAGAAAAGGUACUCGAAACUGCCGACGAAAAGUCAGUAGAAGAGACAAAGGCCGAAUCCGCUUUGGAGAAGGCUACUCAAUCAGCCGAAGAAAAGCCCACCGAAGAGGCUGCGAAGGCGUCUCCUGCUGAACUCGAAAAUACAACUACGGAACCCGCUCAGGAUUCUGCAAAGACUGAGCCUGAAUUCGAGAAGCCGGUCGUCGGAGAAACACCCGUGGAGCCAACUACACAGGAACCCGCCUCCGAUGAGGCAGUCGAGGAACCUUCUGCUAAGACGGCCGGCCCUGAAGAUGUGGCGGAAGAGUCUACAAAGGAAGAAAAGCCUGCUGAGGUGACCGAGCAAGAGACUAAGGAACCCGUGAUUGAAGAGCCCAAAGAGACGAAGCCAGCUGCCGAGGAAGCGACCCCGGAAGAGCCCGCCAAGGAGACUCCCGUUGUGGAGCAAGCUAAGCCUACCGCAGUGGAGCCUGUCAAGGAACUUGCUACCGAAGAGAUUACUGUUCAAGAACCUGCUGUGCCAGAGCCCGCCAAGGAAGCUGAGCCUCCCGUGGAUGAAUCCCUCGCUGAAAAGCCGGCUGCCGAGGCUGUGGUGGAAGAGCCUGUCACAGAAUCAACUGAGAAGGCUGUCGCCAUUGAAACACCCGCUACCGAGGAAGCUGUCAAAAAGGACACUACUGAGGAGCCUGUCAAGGAGCCUGUUUCUGAGAAGCCAGUUACAGAUAAGCCUGCCGAGAAGGAGACGAUCGAGCCUCCUGAGGUUGUCGCCUCUGAGCAAUCCCACGAGGAGAAGCCAGUAGAGCAGCAAAUUGUGGCCGAGCCACAAGCCGAAACUAUUGCGGAGCAGCCCAAGGACGUUGCAGGACAAGAGGAGACAGUUGCAGCUGAGCCCGUGGCUGUUGAAACUGCUGCUGAAGAGACGGCCCUAGAGACUGGAUCUGCCGAGGUUGUAAGCAAGGUAGAAGCUGAAGAGACUCUGGCUACGCAAGCCGAGGAACCUACUAGUGAGCCAGCAGCAACAACUCCUGCUGAGGCAGAUAAGGAGGAACCUGAAGAGAGCACUGAAAUUGUCACCAAACCUACAAUUGAGGAAGUUGUCUCCCCCGAACCCGCAAAGGAAGAUGUCCCUGAGCAAGAUGGAAAGGAUGGUGUCUCAGCAGAGCUGGUCGGUGCGGGUGCUGCAGCGGCAGUUGCUGCUGGUGCGGACAAGGACUCGAAGUCUGCUGCCGCCCUUGCUCCCGAGACUCAACCAUCAGCCAAAACUAAAGAGCCAGCUGCGUCGACCAACGAACCCCAGACCCGGUCCAUUAAUGCCGUUACUCUCAGCAACGCCAAGAACGAUGCCAUCUUCUCUCCCUUCCGCCGCCGUGGAGGCAACAACCAGUAA